GCCAGGGUGUGUGGAGGGGAGGUAGCAGCCUGAACCUGGGCACCCCGCAGGGACCCCCACGCCCCAGGCCAUCUCCAGAAGCCAUGAGAGGCAUCCAUCUCAUCCUACUGGCCAUCCUGCUGAGCUUCGAUCAUGCUCUGAGCCUGCAGUGCUACAGCUGCAGUGGCAUCAAGGACAGCGGCGAGUGCCAGCUCAUCACAUGUCCAGGCGUCUGCUUCAUGAGCGACAUGAUCAUGACUAUGGGCAAUGAAAGGAUCAAGUUGCAGUCCAAGAGUUGCAGCCCUUCGUGCGGCCUAGUCUCUGAAUUACUGAAGCAGCUGGUGGACGCAAGCACCCUAGACACAGGGCUGCUCCCCGGAAAGCUGGAGGUGCAGAAUAUCACCUGCUGUGAGAAGGACUUCUGCAACCGGGUGGCCCGCGUGGCAUGCAGCCCCUGGGCCCUGGCAAGCGGGCUCCUGCUCAACCUGGUGCCUGCCCUGUGGGCCCUGCUAUGAGGACCCCUCCAUCUGACAUGGCCCCACCCACUGCAA